CUGAAAACAGAGUCAAACUGCAGGAGUUGGACUACAACUACAGACGAGUUUAACACUGGGCCUGUCUGUUUAACUCCGGGACACCGAGUGGAAGUUCCGCACUGAUGUUGGAGCUGUUUGUGCUGGAAGCUGACGGAGUUUGACGGAAGUUUUGUGGAGGUGGAGCUCGGACACAACAACAGGAGGAGUUAGCCCAGCUGUGUGUGUGUGUGUGUGUGUGUGUGUGUGUGUGUGUGUGUGUGUGUGUGUGUGAAGCACCUCCAUUUUAGACACACACUAAACAAACACAAGGACACACACGCAGACAUGGCCGAGGCCCGUUCAGAGGAGGAGGAAGAGAACAGCAUGAGGGAAAGCACCAGGGAACAAGUGGUCCGAAGACAGCCCGGCGGCUCCGGAGGUCGUCCUGACAGGCGUAAACCAGAGCAUCGGCACAGUCAGGGUCCUCUUUCCUCCAUCAGAGCAGUGAUCAAGAGAACGUCCAACAGGUCGACGUCACUCUCUGAAACAUCCAGAGAAAGAGAAAGAGACAGAGAGAGAGAGAGAGAAAGAGACAGAGAAAGGGACAGAGACAGAAGGCGACCAGAGAUCACCAUCCUGUCAGCAGAGCCGCUGGCCUCCACCUCCUGGUUCCCUGGGGCUGCUGCAGGAUUCCCUCCUCCCCCUCCUCCUGCUGCACAGAUCUGGGGACCCACGAUCCCUCCGUCCAUACAGCCUCCUCCUUCCUAUGAGGAGGUGAUCAGGGAGAAGACCCAGGAACAGGAGCAGGUGUUGCUCCCUUCCUCCUCCUGCACCUCCUCUUCUUCUUCACCAUCUCGUCCAGUUUCCACAACAACUAUCGCCACGCAGACCGAGCCAGGCUCCGCCCCCGAUCCACAAGACUCACAGGGUGACAGGCAGCUCAGACGACCAGUGAGACCACAGCGGCCCCCCCUCCCACAGCCUUCCAAACCGUCCACUAUUGAUGACAUCACUACCAACCAGUCACCGCUGAACUCGAGUGACAGUGGCAGCGUGGCAACCAGUCCACAUACAUGUGCAAACACACAAUGUUAUGACCUCCUCACUGGUCUGUGUUCACCUUUGACCUCAACAUCUGCUGCUCAGACUGACCAGUGGGAUUGCUCUUCAGCUCUUAUUACCACUCAAGCCCCAUCGGAGCGUCCCCGGCCACGCCCUCGUUCAAAAAUUUCUUUACAGCCCAUCAGCAGUGAAGUUAAAAUUCAAACUCUGGUCAAACUCAGAGACGACGGUUUGGCUACAAUCGCCGCCCGCACACGAAAUGACAACACUAACCAAGAAGUAAGUCAGGGAAAGUACUUACAAGAGCUGCUGGAGGCGUUUAGCGCUGACGACUGGGGCUUCCCUGAUCAGCGCAGUGACAGCAGCGGGCUCAGCCAAUCAGAGAGUGAGGAGGAAGAGGAGGCGGCGGAAGGAGAGGACAUGGCCACGCUGAGGGCGAGGAUCCAGGCCUUUGAGCAGCAGCAGAUCCAGCAGCAGCAGACGCAGACGCAGACGCAGACACAGCAGCAGACUGACAGGAGCUGUGGAGACGGUAACAGCGGGAAUAUCCAAGCAUGUGCUGUCACAAAACGACCUGAACCACGGCCACGCCCACGUCUCCAGGGGCAACCAGCCAAACCAUCUCCUCCCACUGUCGCUCCUAAACCCAAGAAUUUGCCCCACGCUCCCAAACCGUCCGACAAAGUGUUCUGGGAAGAUGAUGACUCAGGUGGAGUAGGUGCUUUGAAACCCACUGGGGGGUUUCCCACUGUGGACAUAAAGCCAAAACUCCAAGCUUCUCCUGAACCACUGUCUUCUUGUGUACCUAAAUCUGAUCCAGUUUUGGUGCCCCAGUCUUUAAAAAGCAGUGACAAACCCUCAGUGUCUCCUAAACCCCAGUGUGCGACAGAAAACCUCCCAUCCUCUACCUGUGCUCCGGUCCCAGCACCCAGGCCCCCCCCGCCAAAGCUCAUCCCCUCUGUUACUGACCCAAGCACCAAAGCCCCCCCCAGACCUCCAGUCGCUCCUAGAGCCAGCACAGGAACAGCCCAGGAUAGAAGCUCUGCCGCUGGGCACGUCACACCACCUGUACCCCCCAGACCCUCAGUGGACGUGAGCGACGGAGGGCAGAUGGAGACCAAGGCUGAGAACAGUGACAUACAGGAAACUGCGGACCAGAUGGUGAAAAUCGGAAGCUGUCGUCCAGGCGUCCCGUCCAAAGCGGCCGUGCUGACCUCAUCACGCAGAGCCAGCGCUCCAAAUCUGACCCCAAAACCAACAGGAGCCUCACCAACACCUCAGGAUCCAAACCCAGUCCCGGCCAAACCUGUCCAGGGUUCCGGACUCAAACCACCAACCCCAACUCCAGCUUCAGUUUUGAGGAAAGGCUCUUUGAAAUGUGACGCUCCAGGCAGCACAACCCCCAGCUCCUCUGACCCUCCCCUCUGUCCACGGCCAUCCGGCGUGAAGCUCCUCCCCCUUCGUCCUCCACCUAUCAAAUCCAUUCCAGGCCGACCACCUCCUCCAUCUUUCAGUUCCACGUCAUCUCCUGCCAUCCAGACUCCACCUCCCACCAAAGCUCCGUCAGUCUCAGCUUCGUCUUCACAGACUGCACCGUCUCCUCCUUCUGUAACAGCUGAUCAGAUGAAAGGACAAAAGCUACCGAAGAGAGGGCCUCCUCUGCCCCCCCGCCCCAAACCUGGACACCCGCUGUAUAAAAGCUGUGUGAAACAGGAAGUCCUCAUAGUCCUCGAUGACGCUAGCCCCUCCCCCUCUGAACACAUGUCAGGCGAUGAGUGGACUCAAACCGCCGUCACGCCUCUUAUCGACUCGUCCCAGUGUCUGCUGGACACGGACACCCAUCUAGAACCGAUCCCAGACGGCCAAUCCAAAGCAGCGCUGGAGGGGCUCGGCCUAACACAGUCACAGUCCAUCUUACCUGUGCAGCCGACUGAGCAGAAGGAACAGCCAGACCCUCCUCCUGUCAGCGGUCCUCGGUGCGUCGCCUUAUUCGACUACGAGGGAGAGGAGGAGGACGAGCUCACCUUCUCACAGGGUGACGUCAUCGCUCUCCUGGAGCUCAUUGGGCAGGAGUGGGGGCGGGGCCAGAUCCACAAACGCACAGGAAUAUUCCCUUUAAACUUCACCAAGGUGGUGGAGCCCCUCCCAGCGUUGUCGCCAGGGGAAACCACAAAACCUGCCUCUACUGAGACAACAGCCAAAGACAGUCCUGGGCUCACACCGUCACCACCAGACCCAGACUCAGGGGCAGACGAGUGGGCUGUGGCUCUGUUCGACUUCCCUGGACAGACUGCAGAGGAUCUGUCCUUCCACAAGGGGGCGAUAAUACAAGUGAUGGAGCACAUCGACACAGAGUGGAGGAGAGGAAGACUGGAGGGGAAGGAGGGGCUGUACCCCGCUGCCUUCACACAGCCCUGUUCAGCUCAGCCAAUCCCAGAGCAGAAGACUGUGACCAAGGAGGCCAAGGAGGCCAAGGAGGCCAAGGAGGCCAAGGAGGCCCAGGCUCUGUUUGACUUCACUGCAGAGAGUGAGGACGAACUCACCCUGAAGGCUGGUGACAUUUUAUCGCAGGUGGAGUCUGUGGAUGAGCAGUGGAUUCUGGGAGUUCUGGGUGGGAAGCGUGGGAUAGUCCCUAAAAACUACAUUUCAAUUCUCUGACGAGUCAAGAAACUGGAGGAUGGAAAAACCACAGAGCAGACUGUGCACCGGCUGUCUGCCCAGUGGACGACAGUGGAGCUGUGGACGGACUCUAGUGACUUCCUGUUUGUGACUUCCUGUUUGUGACUUCCUGUUUGCAGACGGACAGUUGUGUCCACGCUGACGCACACCUGCAUCUGGUUGUGAUGACACUGCCUUCAUGUUUUUGGAAAAGUGAACAUUUCAAUUGUGGCUCACAUCUUUAUUCAUGGAGCAAAAGCAGCUGUUUUUUUUUUGUUUUUUUUUUUUCUUUUCAGCGGUUCUGUGGACUUGUAUGACAAACACUACGGUGUGAUGGGAUUAUGUCUGGUACUGAUAAACCUGACUGAAGGCUCAGGUUGGACUGGCCACUGACACCGCUCUGCUGGCUGUUGUCAUGACGACAAAGGACAGGAUGGACCUGUGCUGCUGUACCGCUGUUAAACAUGGACACUUGGUCUGGUUUUGUCUCAGUAUUGUCUUUUUUAGACUCCAUCAAACAUUUCCAUGUGGACCAGUUCAGGGUCCAGUCCUGUAGAUGCUUUCCAUCUGCCAGGUUUGGAGAAUCCAGACUCUAAUGUGGGAUGUGAUGAAGAGGUGAUGCAGCGGUCCGGUUCUCCAUCAAAACUAAUCCAAAAUGAAUGCAACUAUGGAUGGAACUAAUGUAAUGAACCUUAUUGUGACACUACAGAAACAGUAUGUGGAAAAAACGACGUCUCAGUGAAAGUCUCCUGGAAUCAACACCAAAGGGGGUGGAGUCAGAUAUUACAUGUGACUGUUUUUUAUUUGUAUUUGAACCCAACAUGACUCCCCUUCCUCUCAUAUGGAGCCACGAGGGACCAGGAAACGGAAUGGAGCCUGUAGAAGCCGAUAACAUAAGAACUGAUGAUAACCUAAUAAAUCUGGUAUUUUUCAAAUGUAAUAGGCCAAUAAUGUAACAUCUGGCCAACAAUGUAAUACAAGUCCUGAACCAAUUACAUAAUAACUCUUGGUCAGUAACGUUAUAACUUAUGUUAUUGUCCUGGGAAAAAAAUUCUUUGCAAAUGUAAUAACUGAGCCAAUAACGUAAUAAGUUAUAACGUUACUGACCAAGAGUUAUUAUAUAAUGGGUUCAGGGCUUUUAUCACAUUAUUGGCCAGAUAUUACAUUAUUGGCCUGUUGCAUUUGAAAAAUACCAGAUUUAUUACAUUAUGGGCAGAUGUUCCAUUAUCGGCUUCUACAGACCUGAAGAAUGUGGAAUGUUCCAGUGUGUGAAGUAGAAUGAGUGCACAGUCUGAGGGGCUUCUGUUCAGAUGGACAGACAGAUGGACAGAAAGACAGACGGACAGACAGACAGACAGAUGGACAGACAGAUGGACAGACAGACAGAUGGACAGACGGACAGACAGAUGGACAGACAGACAGA